AUGCCCCUCCUUACAACCCUCCUCACACUCACCCUCCUCCCCCUCGCAGCCCUCCCCAACCCCGUAAAAUCAGGCUCCUCUUGCACCGACGCCACCACCACGACCUCCCCACCACCAGCAGACGGCACCUCCCCGUCAACGACCCUGACAGCCACCGCCACGGCGAGGAACUCGGGCCUCAACAAAGCCGCCCGGGCGAAGGGCAAGUUGUGGUUUGGCACUGCGGCGGAUUUUCCUGGGACGUCGGGGGAGUUGCAGGAUGGGUCUUAUAUGCGCGAGUUUGGGGAUGGGGGGGAUUGGGGGGAGGCUACGCCCGCGAACAUCAUGAAAUUCGACGCGACGGAACCGCAGCAGAAUGUCUUCAACUUCACGGGCGCGGAGCAAUUCCUGCGCAUCGCAGAGGGCGGGAGGAAAUUGGUUCGUUGCCACAACCUCAUCUGGUCCAGCCAACUCCCCGCAUGGGUGACCUCGCCCUCCACGCCCUGGACGAACGCAACCCUCAGCGCCGUCCUCGUCAACCACGUCCAGACGCUCCUGGACGUAGUCAACGAGGCCUUCGCGGACAGUCCCUCGGGGUCUUACGCCUCGAAUAUCUGGUACGACACCAUCGGGCCCGAGUACGUGGCCCUGGCAUUCAAGACGGCUGCGGAUGUCGUGCGGGAGAGGAAGCUGAAGGUGAAGUUGUAUUAUAAUGAUUAUAAUAUCGAGUUCCCUGGGGCGAAGGCUACGGCGGCGCAGGAGUUGGUUCGGGAGCUGCAGAGGAGGGGAAUCCGGAUUGAUGGCGUUGGGCUCGAGAGUCAUUUCAUCGCUGGGAGCACGCCGAGUCAGGCGGACCAGGAGGCUAAUAUGAACGCCUUCGCGGCGCUGAAUGUCGACAUCGCCGUCACGGAGCUGGACGUCCGCGUCACGCUGCCGCCGACGCUGGCUGUACAGGAGCAGCAGGUCAAGGAUUACUACAGUACGGUCGCGGCGUGCGUGAACGUCAGGCGGUGCAUUGGCGUCACGGUCUGGGAUUUCGUCGAUACGUAUUCGUGGGUGCCGAGUACGUUUGCGGGACAGGGGUAUGCGGAUUUGUUCUUUCAACCGCAGGGGGCGGGCACGCCGUUGGUGAAGAAGGCGGCGUAUGAUGGGUGUUUGCGGGCUUUGACGGGAGCUUGA